AUGUUUAUCAAGUGGUUUUUGGUUGUUUUAGUUCCUAUUACUCGUUAUCUAUUAGGUAGUACAGGAGCUGUCUCAGUUGGUGCUUUUCUUAUGAUUGUUAUUACUGUUAUAGGUGAUAUGAGUAAUUUAAAAACAAUAUUUCUUUUAUGUGGAAGUACUUUAACUAUUUUUGGUAAUCCUCAAAUGGCUUUAAUAGUAUCGAAAUCAAAUGUUUUCGUUGAUACUCAUAGUCGAUUUGAAUUUAAAACUUGUGUGGAAUAUUUAUGGAUUCCAACUUUUAUUGUUUGGCUAUCUAAUUCAAUGUCAAAGAAAAAAUCGAAUAUGACCAGUAGAUACUUCAAGGUAGUACUUAAACUUAAUUCAGCAUUGUUAACCGAUAUAAAAUCACUUUUAAUAUUCCAUAUAUUUACUCUUAUUGGUAGUAAUAUUUGUUCCAAUGUUCUAUUAACUUUAUUGGUUCUUGAACAAGUUCCACCAACAGGUUCACUUCAACAUAAAUUUGAUUUUUGGACAUAUGUAAAAUUUGACUUUCUAACAACUAUUUUAUUAAGUCUUGUUGGAACACUUAUUAUUUAUCGUUUACUUCGUGUUAUUCAUUAA